AUGCCUGCUCCAGAUGACAUCUACAGGCGUGAUGUCGACUUUACCGCCCUGGCACUGCAGUAUCCCGACUUUGCGAAAAGGCUAAAGUUCAACCGUCAAUUGGACUUCUCGGACCCCGAAAGCGUGAGGCAACUCACCAAGGCUCUUCUACACCGCGACUUCAACCUUGUCAUCGACUUGCCAGAAGACAGACUUUGCCCUCCUGUUCCGAACCGCUUCAACUACAUCCUUUUCAUCCAGCGUCUUCUCGACACCACAUCCCCAGACUUCCAUGAAGGGUUCGACCCCGAUCGACAGGUGAUCGGACUUGACAUAGGUACAGGAUCGUCAGCGAUAUAUCCCCUUCUCGCGUGCCGGCAACGGCCGAGAUGGCUCUUUCUGUUCACCGAGAUCGACGGCAAGAAUCAAAGAUAUGCAUUGAAGAACACUGCGACAAAUAAUCUCCAGACCCGUAUCAAGCAGCUCGACACGGACGCGAGCGGCGACCAAUUGAUCCCGAGCACUGAGAUUGAGAGAUUUGAUCGCAUCGACAUUCUCAUGACGAACCCACCCUUUUACGAAUCGGAGUCCUCGAUGCUCGAAUCUGCACGCUCGAAAUCCCGCCCCGCGAACUCAAGCUGCACCGGAGCCCCCGUCGAGAUGAUCACGCCCGGUGGCGAAGUCGCGUUCGUGGCCAGGUUGGUCGAUGAAUCGAAACGGCCCGCGAGCCGAUCACGCAUCCAAUGGUCCAGCGCCAUGCUGGGGAAACUGUCCAGUGUCGGCUGCAUCGUCGACCACUUGCGCGGCCAGGGGUGCACGAACUACGCCGUCACCGAGUUCGUCCAGGGCCAGAAGACGAGGAGGUGGUGCGUGGCUUGGAGUUGGCUCGGUUUGAGACCGAGCAAUGCCGUAGCGAGAGGUGUUGGUGGCGGUGGUUUCGGCGCCGGCGGCGGCAGCGGGGUCGAGAAGAAGUACCUGCCACCUCCGACGGAAAUGCUGGUCGAUCUUCCUGGAGGUGACCUCGUCGGGGCCGAGACGAGGAUGAUCGCCGAGAUUGGAAAACUGGACGUCUUGUGGAAAUACAGCCCAGCGAGACGCGUCGGUAUCUUGAUGAGUAGAGAGGGUGAUGUCUGGAGUCGGAAAGCCAGACGGAAGAAACUACUAAAAGAUCGGGAUCAGGAGAUGAAAGAUACGACAUGUACGCCAGGAGAUCCAGAUGAGGAUGACGACGACUACGACGACGACGAAGAACCUGAACCGGCCCUCGUCGUGAGACUGUGUCUAUCAUCAUCAAUGUCGUCGUCGUCGUCAUCAUUAUCAUCAUCAUCAUCAUCAUCGGGGUCUGGACUUGGCUCAACAACUACUACAUCGACUAGUCAGAGUACACGUACUGCAGGUACGAAUACGACUGCGACGACUGCCGCUGUCCGUCAGAAUAGUACGAGUCUUCACAUUCGGCACCUACAGGGUUCGGAUUCGGUCUUGUUCGAGAGUUUCUGUGGCUGGGUGAAGAGGAAGCUACUGAACGGAUCCUGA